GUAGAAUUAGUUAGAUGUAGUGCAAACAAAGAAGACAACAGGACCAAUGUUUGAGUAGUGGGAUUGAAAAGGAAAAUGAGCAUUUCUUAGGAAAGACAAUCAAACGGUCAAUUUUGUGUGAAAUAAUUUCAAGAAGCACGCGCGUGGUUCAACAGUAAAAGUAUAAUGUCGAAAACCCCAACACAGUCAACUUCAGAUGGCACCGAAUAUCAAUCAGAUUGCUUUGAAUCAUACAGCAAAUCAAGACAAGUCAAGUGGUUGUUUCAAAGCUCUUCAGUGUGCAACCUGAGUUGGAGAGUCAGGAUGAGCAAUAAACACUCUUCCAGGCUGAAAACAGCUUCAAAGAAGAAAUUUGACAAAAGUCCCAAGCUAAGUGAACAUGUUGUCCAACGCCGGAUUCAGCCAAAGAGGAGGAGGAGAAAUAUGGAAUUUGAUGACAGCAACAUUCAUAAGAAGGACGAUAGUGUCUGUGACAUCAUUGAUCUGAUCAACAGUCAUAUAGAGGAAGAGCCCAAAAAGGAUAGUAGUGUAAAAGUGGUGUUUGACCAAGGAUUACAUGAUUCAGAUUCACAGUGCUGCUCUAGUACCGCUCCUUCCCCUCAGAAAGUCAUGACUCCCAGACAAACAAGAUCACCAACAGGCCUAUGCCCAUCCUGUCAGAAGCUCUACCAGAGGGCGAAGACGUUGAAAACUCCCAUUAAAGAUAAACUUUUGGAUAAUAAUCCCACUUCCUUAAUAUGCGAUCAGUGGUUCCUGGUCAAAAAGUGGAAGCCAAGAAGGUUACCUCACUCAGGGAGGAUUUCCCACAGCGUGCUCCGUGUUCACACACAGUUGAAGGGCAAGAAAAAAGCAAAGCAGAACAACCAGGAUGGCCAUAAAAACUUCUGCUCGAGGCAGCAUGUUUUCCUUCAGAGGAACCUCAGACGGCCUCACCAAGUGGCAGAAAGAAAGCAGAGGAAGAGAAACCUGAGGAAGAGGCAAAGAGAUGAUUCUCAGGGUUCUCGAAUGGCCAAGCAGAAGUAUCUCCCCCCGCCAGACAACAGUAGCAAGUGCAACAAUAAGAGCGCUUUUCAGUUAUCUUGUCUGAAUGUUGAGGGAUUUCACAGUGAAGAAAGCACAAAUGAAGACAACUCUAGUGUGACCUCUAACGUUUCCUGUACUAAUUUCACCUUGGAAAGCACCAAGCUCGGGGACAUCAUGCCCAAGCCAACAGCAUCAAGGACGAAAUCGUCAUUCCAACACUUACUUACCCAGUUACGUGGCAACAGCAGCAUGAUUUUCAAAGACAACUAGUAAUAGAGACUUUUCACAUAUAUAAAGCUGGUUGAGGAAGCCACUCUAAUACAAGUUUACUGUUGUUGAUAAAGAAUUUCGUUUUAGCGUAACAUUUGCAGUUUAAACUGCCAUGGCAUAUUUUUCUUCUCAAAUAAAUUAAAUUUGAGCCUCA